GCUGUUUGAAAGCAAUUUUUUUUUUUUUUUUUGUGUGUGUUGUAUUUGUCUUUCAUUCUCGGAUUUUUGCCAAAUAUCCUAUUUUAUUUGUUAUGCACGUUUUUCUUGCUGCUGUGGGAUUUUUUAUAUGUUCUACAUAUUAGAAAAUAAAUUUUCAACUAUACAUCAGCAGCUAAAGACGUGUGAUAUUGCAAAAUUGUGGCAAUUUUGUUCACAGACGUCGUGUGACUAGCGAAAUUUUAUUCACGAAUGUAUGCUGGAUUUUGUAUGCUCUUAAUAUUUCUGCUGUUCGAAGAAGCAUUUAUUAUGAUGUCUUGUGAAUUGUGUUUACGUAAUUCUCAUCAUUGUCAGUCAUUCAGUCACUGUCCCAGUUGUGAUGCUAGGCAUUAUUCAGAUGUUCCACCUGUGCCUCAGAAUCUGGAAGAAGAACCCGUUGCUCCCACACUCUCUCUAGGAAAUCGAAUAUUGUGGUUAACAGAAACACGUGCAGCAUCUGGUAUUGUUCGUUGGAUUGGCCGCAUUCCAUCUGUUAGUUCUGGCUGGUCUGCUGGUAUUGAAUUUGAUAAUGUAUUUCCUGAUGGGGGAAAUGGGGAUUUUAGAGGCAGGUUAUAUUUUACAUCUCGUCCAGGACAUGCACUGUUCUUGCCUGUAUCUCAGCUUAUUAAAGUGGAUGAUAGCUCAUCCAGUGCUAGUGCUGUGGACAGAACAUCAUUCUUUGGAAGACUUCAAGAUUCAUGUUCAAAUUUUGCUCACAGAAGACGCAGAGAUUCUACUUUCGGAUAUUUUAAACAAGAUUUGUGCUCAAAUUGUGCUCAGAAUGAAGGUUUACAUAAUGGGCAUUCUUAUGUCCAUGGUCCAGUGUAUGAUAGAAUAACGACACGGCAAUCUAUGUGCUAUGAGGAUCGUCCAUAUGAAGCAUAUAAUGCAUGUAAUAUACGUAAUCCAAUCCAAAAUUCAACUAAUCAAGCUCUAGAAAACUAUCAUAAUAGAAGAUUAUAUAAUGAUCAUAUUCAAACUUCUACUAAGGAUUGCUCUAAAUUUUCAAGCUUAAGGCCUAGUGGCAGAUUUAAUGGUAUGGAAUAUCCUGAAGAUGAUUUCUGUGCCUCUAAUUUUAAUCGGAAGCAUUCACUAUCAAAUCCUCGAUCAAGUUUAAGGUUAAUCAGUGAUUUUAAAGACUGGGUCUCUUGUCUUGUCCUUGGAACAAAUAGACAUAAACAAAAAAAUAAAAUUGUUUUAAAAGAUAGAAAAUCUCUUACAAGCAUUUUUCUUUCUCAUAAUUCUCAAUCAUUAACUGGUCAACGAUUGUCCUCUUUCAGUGAAUACGCAUCUAUUAAUGUUUGUAAAGUGCCAAAACCUGAACUGAAACCUAAAUCAGUUAAAGAUUUAGGUAAUUCCUCUGAAUCUAGUCUUCAGAGUCGACAGCAAAAAUGCAGAAGUAGAAAAAAGCGACCUGCUCCUUUGCCACCGAUUCAACAUUCUGAUUCCUCUACCUGUGAUCACAGUCAAAAUAGUCAUGUUGUUACUGGAAAAUCAAGAAAUGACACGGUUGUGAAAGCAGGCAUUCCAAAAGAGAAAGAAAAUCGAAACCAAAUUGGAUUUAAAAUUGUGAGAAAUAAUAGCAUUCGUUCUCAUGGUACCUUAAGGAGAAGACGGAAGAAAAGAAGAGCUCCACUUCCUCCACCACUGAGCAAUGUUACAAACUUAAAUAUUGCAUCAGCUGCCAGAUCUGAAUCAGAAAAGGAGCAUAAAAACCUUAACUAUUUGGAUAUGGUUCCUGAUUCUAACAGUAAUGACAAACUUCGUUUAAAAAGAUCAGAAAAACUAAGACAUGCUAAGCAGAUACUAAAAGAAUUAGAAGAUGAAGAAUUUUGUUUGUCCAAUCCCAGAUUAAAAAAGGCAAAGCGCAAAGUUUUGAGUCGUCAAGAAUUAAAGAACUUGUCUUCUACUUCAAUUGACAUUGAAAGCAAAGGCAAUUCCGAGACUGAUGAUGCACAGAUUUCUACUAGUAGAUCAAUAUCCUUUUCUGAAGAAGGUAGUGAAGAGGAAAAAUAUGGUUUAGUUAAAUAUGGAAUGAUGAAACACUUAAAUUCUUCUGAAAAAGGUUCAUCGUUGUCUAAUUCUUCUAAUUUUUUGCAAUAUUCAAAUGACAAUAGUGAUAUAUGUUUAAAAAUAUCUAUUCAAAAGACUGAGACAAAUGUUGUGACAGUAGAAGAAGUUAGUGCUCCACGUACUGUAACUUAUACCAUCGAAGAGGAUUCUUCAUCAUCUGAAUUAUCAGAAGAACCAGUGGUUCUGGAUAUAGGUAAAAAAUUAAUUAAAGAUAAUCAGGAAUCUAAGCAUAAUUUAACAGACAGUUCAUCUGUUUCAACCGAAGAAGCAUCCGAUAAAUCAAAGACAAUUUUUGAAGAACUCCAAAUUAAACCACCUGUAAAAGGAACAGUCAAAGAUUUUGUACAGGCGUUUAAUAUGUUGGCAACUAAAAGUGCUGGUGAAGUUGGAGAUAGAAGGUUGCCAGGGCAAUCAGCAAAUGGAAAAUCUCAAAAUAAUUCAUUAGAAACAAAUAGGACAAAAACUGAUAUAAAAGCAAUACAAUCAUUUCCAACAAAUUGGGAAUACCAGACAGAUAAGGCUGCAGGUCAAGGUUAUACUUCAAGUCAAUUUCUAUUGCCUAUUGCUGAAGAAUCACAUAAUGAAGCAUCUGAACAUGAUGGCAGCAUAUCUGUAGACGAUUCAAAUGCUUUGAACUCCGAUUGUACUAUGAAAAUGAAAAGUGCAAAAGAUAUGAUGAAGACCACCGGUUCUGUAGUUGCAAGUUCAUCUACAGUAAAUGAGAACACAUCUAAAAAAUGUUCUCAUUGUUCUGAAAGGCACUCUUUAUUACCUGAUUCUGAAUUGAAAGAAAAUGAUACUAAAAAAUUUUAUAAGAAAAAGGUUGCCCCUAAACAUAUGAAAGCUGGUCAUGUUGAUACUUCCAGUUCCAUGAAGAGAAGUCCAUCAUCAAAAGCCUCAUUAGCAGCAUUGUCUUCUCUUUUACAAGAAAAUAAUCUUCCUGGAUCCAAAGGAGGAAAAAAUCCUGUUUCUUGUAAUUCUGGAAAUCAUAGCUUAAAACUGAAUCAGCCAAUUAUGGUUGGUCUGUAUAUUGAAGAUAAAUCCUCUCAUCGUGGACCAAUACCUUUGCUUAUAACUCCUUCAAUGUCUUUAAAGAAAUUAAAGAAGCAGAUUGAAAAAGAAUACAAAUUUCCACGCCAUCAACAAUGUUGGAUUUUGGGUGAAGCAUUUGCAAUCAAUGAAGAUGCAUCUUUAGCAAGCUAUGGUGUUACCGAACCUGGAUCUCCUAUUUUAUUAUAUGUCAUGGCAAAGGAUUCAAAGAGCCAUUCUUUACCAUCCAGGCCAUCAUCUCGUUUAAGAUGUCAUCAGAAAGCAAAUACCAGUGAUUCGAGUGAGGAAGAAGUAAAUACUCCACGGAGACGUCGAAAGAGUAAAACUAAAAUGCCUUCUUAUGGAAAUUUAAAUGAUAAGCAUAAACAGGUUUCAGGAGAUAUUUCAAAAAGGGCCGAUGUUCCAGCUCAAAACAAAACUUAUGCAAAAGUUAAUCAGCUGAGAAAAAAUGAUGUAACUAAGAAGAAACCUAAAAGUGAAUUUCAUAAAGCUUGGGAGGCUGAAUAUGAAAAGAAAACAGAUUACCGUACUCUUUUGGCAUUGGAUGAUGUUGAUCUUGUGGCAAAUGUCGAACCAUUUGAAUGCCCUAUCUGCUUUCUAGAUAUUGGAUGUGAAGAAGGAGCAGUACUGCAGGAAUGUUUACAUAGUUUUUGCCGGGAAUGUCUUGCAAGUGCUAUUCAGUAUUCAGAAACAGCAGUUAUCAAAUGCCCUUUUCGCAAUGAUGAAUAUUCCUGCGAAAGUCAUCUGCAAGAGAGAGAAAUAAAAUCUCUUGUCUCACCUCAGGUAUAUGAGAAACACUUGCAGAGAAGUAUGGCAUUAGCAGAAAGCCAAGCUCUAGACAGUUUUCAUUGUAAAACUCCUGAUUGUCCUGGAUGGUGUCUUUUUGAAGAUAACGUUAACACUUUUUUGUGUCCUGUCUGUAAACACACCAAUUGCCUAACAUGUGCUGCUAUACAUGAAGGGAAAAACUGUCGGCAAUUUCAAGAUGAUGUCGCAUUUAGAUGUGACAGUAGUGAAGAAGCUAAGAAAACAAAGGAAUAUCUACAGAAUAUGGUUCAGAAUGGAGAAGCUAUGGAAUGUCCUCAGUGUCAAGUGAUUUUAAUGAAAAAAUGGGGCUGUGAUUGGCUGAAAUGUUCCAUGUGCCAUACUGAAGUUUGUUGGGUCACUAAAGGCCCACGAUGGGGACCAGGAGGUAGGGGUGAUACCAGUGGUGGAUGCAAAUGCAUGGUAGAUGGUUCUCGUUGUCAUCCUAAAUGCAGCUAUUGUCAUUAAUUGUUAAAGAAAAUGACUGCUGUAGAAGAUUGGAAAUCUGCAUAGUUUCUCAGAUAAUGGCAGUGAAAUUCACAUUUAACAAGAUCAUGGAAUUGUAAAAGUGAAAAAGAAAGUUAAAGAAAAUAUCACAGCAAAAAAUUUUUUAUUCUAAAAAAAAAUUUUUAAUUUGAAAAUUUUUAUGUAAUUUUUUCUAAGGCUUCAAAAAUUUUGAAGUGUUGUGUAAUUAAAUAUAAAUUAUAUAUUUUUGAUUUCUUUAUUUUGAUAUCAAAUUUUUAUAUCAAAUUAUAGUAAAAAUGUAUUUACAUUUUUACUAUAAUUAUUGGCUUUUUUUUAUGAAGGGUGAAGAUAUCGAAAAUACUGUUUUGAUUAUUUAUUCAAGUGAAAGCUUAGUAAUAUUUCCAAAUUUCAAUGUAGUUUUCUUCAUAAUAUUUUACUAUACAAGUUUUUUAUUGAUGUACCUGAAAGUGUGUUGUACAAGUGUAAUUUUUUAGUAAACUUAAGGACUGAUUUCAUUUUAAUUUUUGUAGUUUUUGUAAUUUCCCAAACUUUAAUAAAUGUGAAGAUGCAAAAAAUUAUUGGAGAAAAAUUAGAUAAAAAGUACUGAUUUAAAAUUUUAAUAAAAUUUAAUGC